UUCUUUUAUGCAAUUUCUUUUGUUUCGGAUUCAAAUAGUAAUGUUAUCUUGCUUCAUGUUUCUUUUUCUUCUUCUUCCUCUUCCCCUCCCCUUUCCCUCUUAUCCUGUUUCUUGAUGAAUGACAUGGGACAUUUUUUUUAUUGGGUUUCUCUCGUGAAUUCCCCCCAUUUUCAUCUGCUGUUUCAAGCGGGUAAUCCUUGUUUGAUAAUCGAUUUUAUGGUUUUGAUUGCAAUUAGAUGCAAGCAAUUACUUGGAAGGGCUCGGUAAUGAGGAUUCUGCGACCAAAAUGCAUUUUUUUGGGCGAAUUCCUUAUCAAAUUCUCUCUUUCCGUUUUUUUUUCCGCCCCGUGUGUGUGCGUUUCAAAACUUCCAUCAUGACUGUUUCCCUUGUUAGUAUAGAAUCAGUUUGAGGGAAUCAGAUCAGUUGUACUUUCUGUUCAACCAAAAGUUCUUAUUAAACCUUGAGUAAACCCUGAAACUUAUAUGAACUUUCCCAUUCAGUCUGUCUCUCUUCGUGGGAACUCUCUCCUUCUUUCCAUCUCUCUUCGAUUUAUGAAAGCAUCGUGCUCGUGGAUCUGUUUUGUUUUUGGUUUUCCUAAUUUAUUGAGAUCUUAGCGAUUAUAUAUCCAUUGCUUUCCAAAGAGCUAGAGUAGAAAAAACCGUCUUGAAUAUCAGAAUACUGUUUCUGCUUUGUUUAAUUUUUAAUGGGUUUUCCGGCCUUGAUGCAGCGAGGAAAGUGGUUCCAUCUGUUGUUUCUUCCCUGCGUCGUCUGAAUUAUUUUCAGGUCAAUUACUCUUCUCGCGCUUCAAAGCGUUCCAGCCUGGAAAGAAAGAUGCUUCGGUUCUGUGUACUUUAGUCCGCUUUACGUGUCUAAGAAUAAUUCUAGCGCUGCUCAAAUGCCGCCCUUCUAUCUGGCUUUGACGUUUUGCAAUUCAACGUUCUCAACCCAAAUAUCAAAAGCAGUAAAUUGCAAUACUUUCCCAUCUGUCCUCUUUUCUACACAACUGAGUACUGAAGCUUUCACCCCUUUUUUUUUUUUUUUUUUAAUGGUGGGUGGUUCCUGAUUGCACUAUGGACGUCCAUCUGCUAUUAUUUUACUGGUUGUUUUAAACUAGUAGCCAAGAAAAAGGUGGGUUAUGGCCAUUGAACAAUACUUCCAAGAGGCAGUUGCACAACAUGAGAUGGGUGAUGAUGACACACAACUGCGGAAGUGGAAAUCAGGCUCUGAUGCUGCUACUGCCUCAGGCGAUAAUACUGGCUGCUUUGAUUGCAACAUCUGUCUAGACCAUGCACAAAAUCCUGUCGUGACACUCUGUGGCCACCUUUUCUGUUGGCCAUGCAUUUACAAGUGGGUUCACUUCCAGAGUGCCUCCACCGAACAGCAUCAAUGUUGCCCUGUAUGCAAGGCUGAUGUCUCCCUCACAACACUGGUCCCCCUUUAUGGUCGUGGCCACCCGCCAAAAGAAGCAGAAUCUGAAGGCAAAGGCUCCCAAAUUGGCCUUGACAUACCACAAAGGCCUUCUCCAUGUGGGGUUCAUGCACUGAUAAGCACUACAUCGACUUCAUCAAGUUCUGGUAGGCAGCCUCAUCGUAAUCCUUACCAGUCCCAGCCACAUGUCCAUCAGCAUCAACAUCAGCAAUACAGGAACUAUGCAACAACAUCAACCCCAUUAAUGCAUCUUUCUGCUAAUGUUUAUCAUCCAAUUGUUGGUAUGCUUGGGGAGAUGAUCUAUGCAAGGGUGUUUGGGAACUCACAGACAAACUUAUAUGCAUAUCCAAAUUCAUACAACCUCAUGGGGAGUAGUAAUCCAAGGUUGAGAAGGCAAGAGAAGCAGGCAGAAAAGUCUCUCAACAGGAUUUCAAUUUUCCUCUUCUGUUGCCUUGUCUUGUGCCUUCUCUUGUUCUGACUGUGGCAGUGGCAAUGCUUGUCUUCUCCCUUCACCCUCUGUAUACUUGUAAAAAAAAUUAUGGAUAGUGUCAACAAGACAUUGGUAGAACAGAGAUAUAUAAUUAUGAGAGGUUAGAGAUUAGAAGAAUUAAUUUGCAUUUACUUGUUGGUAUAUAUUUGAGCAGAUUCAAGAUUAGAAGAAUAAAUUUGGAUUUACUUGUUGGUA